AUGCUAUUAAAAAAAUAUGUGAAUCCAUAAUAUUAUGAAAAUUUGAGAAGGUUUAAAUACAGUGGACAGAAUCUUUCAAUUUUAUAUAAUUGGUUUCUUGGAGAUAUGGCAUAAUGGGUGGUAAAGAUACUAUUAAUACAUUUUAGGUUGAUUAAUUACCUAAAACAGUUGCCCCAAAUCUUAUAACAAUAGCAGGAUUCUGUAAUUUAUUAACUGCAUUUGCUUUGAUAUUCAUUUUGAAUCCUAUGUUUGAUCAAGAUCUACCAUAAUGGGCAAGUUUAUAUAUAGCCUGGUCAAUAUUUGUAUAUCAAACAUUAGAUAAUGCAGAUGGUAAACAAGCAAGAAGAACAAAAUAAUCAACUGCAUUGGGAAUGUUAAUGGAUCAUGGUAGUGAUUGUACUGCUACUUGGAUUGCUGGAUUAUUAUAUAUAAAUGCUUUUAAAAUUACAUUUACUCCAUUCAAUAUGUUAACUGCAAUAGGAGUAAGUUUCUUAGGAUUUUAUUUUGGUGUUUAUUGUCAAUAACAUACAGGAGUAUUUUAAUUAGGUGUAAUUAAUGGAGUUGAUGAAGGAUUGCCAACAUUAUAAUUUUUUUUUGUAUUAACUGCAAUCAUGUCAUCAUAAUUUUGGCUUAAUGAAAUUUAACUUACAAAUUCAUUUUCAAUUCAAUAUAAUACAGUUUUACUUGCACUUACCAUUAGUGGAUGUAUUGUAACUAUAAUUUAAUUUUGUUAUCCUGUAUUCAAGAAGAUGAAUUGGAAUAUUUUGACUAUUCUAAAAAGUCUAUCAUUACCUAUUACCUUAAUGAUAACAUUCAUUAGUUUAACAUAUUUAUCACCAACUAAUGUUUUAUCAAAAUGGUUCCACAUUUAUGUUUUGACUAUUGGAUUAUAAUGGUCAAAGAUGAUUAAUUUAUGGUAAUUAGCAAUCAUUACUAAAGAAGUAAUUAUAAUUAAUAAAAUAUAUAGAAUUUCAGUUAAUUUUCAUUCACUUGGGCUAUGACUUUAGGAUCAAUUAUGUUGAAUUUGAUGAGCUAAUUUUAUACUCAUGAUGGUCUUUGUUAUAUUGAUGAGGUCAAAUUGAUCUUUGCCUUAUUAGUAUUCUCAGUUUUAUCAUAUCUACAUUGUGUAACAAGUAUAGUGUAUUAAUUAUGUGAUAUUCUUGACAUAUACGCAUUCAGUAUCAAAUACCCAUAAUGA